AUGUCGGGAAUUGGAGGCCAAGCAGCCCCAGCGGCACCAGGACAGCCAGGACAGCCAUACCAGUACGAAACAUCACCCGUGCAACAGCAACAGCAAUAUCAACAACAAUAUCAAUACCAGCAAGCCCCCGUGCAGCAGGAGCAGUAUUCGGCACCACCUCCACAAUACACCAACUAUGAGGGUUACACUAAUGGCAACGUCGCGGAUCCGCAACAAACUCCUGCUCCAGUGAGCUACCAGUACGACGCUGCUGAAUCCGAAGCUCUCUUCCGAAUGGUCGAACAACCCAAAGACCAAGCGGACGCGGAGACCAUGGAGUACGCAGACGAAUAUGGGGAGGAAGAGGAAGAAGGCGAAGUAGAGCAAGCAUUGACCGAAGAUUCGUACUCAUUGUUGUACACGGCCGACUUUUUCAGUCGAACGACAUUCUUUGCCAUUACUGUGGUCAUUCUUCAGGCAGGAAUGCUAUUCCUGACUUUUUUUGACCUAAUUGACGCAAACCCUGAUGGUGAACAGAACAAAACGAAUGGGGUCAGCAACCGACUCAAAAUUCCACCAGGGACGUCCCCCUUUGUGACCCUUGCUCAAUUCCUUGGCAUGGUUUUGACAGUGAUGCUCAUGGGAGUCGAGGGUGAUAUCGUGGUUGGAGGUUCUCAGUUGCUCGAAGGUUACGAUGAUGGCAUUCUGCAUGACAUGCCCAAUGCAACUUUUCCCCGAUGGCUUGUCACUGGCUCUAUGCAAUUGAUGGAGAUAGAUGAGAUUGCUUUCAAACUGGCAGAUAUGGGAAUCCUAGCAAGUCAGAUUCAGGCGGAUUGCGAGAAGGUCAAGAAUUUGAAGCAAGUCUCGCCUCCAGAGUUCAUAGCCCGGCGCACAUUGUGGAAGCGGAUCAUGCUCAUUCUAUUGUUCAUCACACUGACCAUUGGGUAUGCCUUUGUUGUCAGUUGGCAAAUGAAUGGAGUUUAUCUUUGUAAACAUGUAUACAUACAAUUUGGAGACGCGUUCUUGCCAGAGAUGGCGUAUUAUUCUGGCCAGUUCCACCAUCAAGGUUUUGGUUGGAGCGAUAGAGAAAACGAUCGUGUUACUUAUAUUGAUGAUACAGGUAAACUGAAGCUUGCCUACUGCAAUUCGGAGACUGCCUGGACGAUCUCCUGGGUAAAGCAAGGAUCGUCUUCAUGCGACUACAUCUUCAAGAGUUCCAAUACCGACACAUUUGAUGUGGCCGAAGUUGACAAUUGGGUGGUUAAGACCAGCACCACAGGCGAUGUGCCUGUUGACUGGCUGAAAGUGGUUUGUAACGAUUGCACCCCGGAGCUUUGCAAUGAGGCGUAUGGCGAUUGUAAAGUCGACAACAGUAAAGGCUCCAAAUUGAACAAAUGUGAAUGCAAAUCGAAAGAUCGGCAAGGUUUGAAUUGUGAUUUGCCAGCGACUUGUCGCUACUUUGAUCUUGACGCUCGAACAACUGACGAACUAGCGGUUCAGCCUGGCGGGUAUUUCCUAUCUGAAACGGAGUUUGUGGAUCUGAGUUUUGUCCCGGGCUUUGAUGACGACAUCACACUCAUGCACCAUCGAAGCAUAUAUGCCCCUUAUGGUGGAUUCAAUGAUGCUGAAGGGCCCGCUGUGGUAGAAAACAUCUCCACAUUCAUGCUUUUUUCUGGAAGGCGGUGGGUGAUUUACACCCUGCCAGAGGGGUCGUCUGAGCAUUUGGCCAAGGAUGAAUUCAUCACUUUUUUGCGGGACAAUGACCCUGCCAACAAUCCGGUUGCAGCGUUGGAGAACAUAAGCAAAACGUACCCUCACUUCAAGCCUUUGUUUUUCAGCUCUCCUGUGAACUACGGUGGAGCGAACUAUGUUCGAGAGUAUGGUAACAGUUGGGUUCUCACACAACCUGUUCCCAAUUACACAGUCCUUCCACGCCAAGCCGAUGACAACCAACCCCUUCCUGCGACCUAUGUAUGCUCGGACUGUAGCGGCGACCCCGGCAUCUGUCAGAACAAUGGAUUUUGCAAUUCUGGCUAUUGCCAUUGCUCGUAUUUCUUUCGGGGACCAAAUUGUGAACGUUCUUAUGAGUGCCUUGAGUUUGGAGAUUUAGACCGAAAAAGCACUGAGACUGGUUGCUAUUUUGAACAAGGCCAUUGCAAUCCCGUGACUCGACUUUGCGAAGAAUGUGUUAAUGGUACAUUUGGAAACUUGUGUCAGUAUGGCGGCCAAAACGCAUUGAGUGAACAGGAUCAGUUGUUUUGUGCCAAAUGUGAGGCCUCUGACGGCUCGGUUGGCGAGUGUGAUGUACAUACGAAAAUCUGCCCUUGCUUGCCCGGCUAUUCCGGGGAUAUUUGCCAAUAUGACUCCACAACCGCACCACCCACAGACGACUUGGUGGAAACUAUCGUCAACACGACAAUAGAAAUCGUGGAGACAAUUCUCAACACUACAACCGAAAGCGUGGGUGGAGUAUCCAACGAAUUGGGUGCUUUCGCAAACGAAACAGCAAACGCUUUGGGGGGAUUGGCCCAGCCAAAUCCUCCUGCAGAUGCAGCAGAGGGCGGCCCUCCCCAGUCCGAGGCUCCAGCAGAGGGUUCACUCCCCCUGUCCAAUCUUCCAGGAGAUGGCUCGGGAAAUCUGCCUCCGCCUUAA